AUGUCUGACCUAGUUGAGUUCGCGCAUAAGAACUUGAACAAUAUCCCAGCCUGCCCGGAUUAUGAUUUAAUGAUCCUGGGAAAGCCGUAUGACAGCUACACUAAGGUGUUGUUGGAGAAGCGUCUUGUAGCUCGUGAGCUUGUAACCGACUACGGUACGAUCAGAUUCAAAGACUAUGAUUUCGAUUUAGAGAAACAUCAAAAUGCAAGGUAUGAAUAUUUGUCCAAGAUAUUUGGGAAAAUAGAGAAGGACGUUUACAUUGAAGCUCCAUUUUUUGUCGAUUAUGGAUGUAACAUUAAAGCAGGAAAGGGAUUCUACUGCAAUUUCAAUACCACAUUUUUAGAUUGUAGUAUUAUCACUUUCGGUGAUAAUGUUUUGAUAGGGCCCAAUGUUACUUUCUCUGCUGCAACUCACCCAGUUGACCCCCAGGAAAGAUUAGAAGUUGUAGACUUGUCAUACCCGAUCACCGUAGGAGAUAACGUCUGGUUUGGUGCAAAUGCGGUGGUCGUGGCCGGAGUUACAAUAGGAGAUGGAGCAGUGAUAGCAGCUGGUGCCGUGGUUACUAAAGACGUUCCUGCAUACACCGUGGUUGGUGGUGUUCCAGCAAGGGUAUUGAAGACGCUAGCACCCCCAACCAACACUACAGAAAAAGUGCAAGAAACAGAACAGUAG